AUGACUCUGGCACAAUGGAAAACGGCGGGAGAUAAGAAGCGUCAAGCUAUUUUGGAUGCACUUCCCGACAAAUGGACGAUUAAGAGUUCUAUUCCCGCACCAGAGGAGCUUCGCGAUGUGACGGGUUAUAUUCAAGAGUUUCUGACCCCUCGUGAAAUCGAGAUCACUGAGACCGAUGCAGUGGGCAUCACUGAGAAAACUACAUCCGGGAAAUGGUCUGCCGUCGAGGUGACAGAGGCAUUCUGUCAUCGAGCUACGAUUGCUCACCAGCUUGUCAGUUGUUUGCAUGAAGUCUUCUUCAGCGCCGCUAUCGAAGACGCGAAACGACUUGAUAAUUACUUCGCGGAGCACGGAAAGCCCGUGGGACCUCUACACGGACUGCCGAUUAGUUUGAAGGAUCAGUUCCAUGUCAAAGGUGUCGAAACUACAAUGGGGUACGUGGGAUGGAUCGGCACGUUUCAGGGCAAAGCAAACGACCCAAGAAAAGGCGUUUUCGAAAGUGAACUGGUCCGGGAGCUCCGAAGCCUAGGAGCUGUUCUGUAUUGCAAGACCAGUGUUCCUGCCACUUUAAUGUCCGGCGAGACGGCCAACAACAUCAUUCAAUACACCACGAACCCUCAGAACCGACUUCUCUCGUCCGGAGGAAGCUCUGGGGGCGAGGGGGCCCUCGUUGCCUUGAAAGGCUCCCCUGGAGGGUUCGGGACCGACAUUGGUGGAAGUGUCCGUAUCCCAGCCGUAUUUAAUGGGCUUUAUGGUAUACGCCCCUCGUCCGGCAGGAUGCCCUAUCAGGGGGCAGCGAACUCGAUGGAUGGCCAAAAUACUAUGUUGUCUGUGAUUGGACCUCUGGCGACCACUGCACGUUCCCUCCAGUUUCUCUUCAAAUCAAUCCUCAGCCAGAAGCCAUGGUAUUAUGAUCCGCUUGCUCUGGAGCUACCCUGGAGGGACGCAAUCGAGCACGAGACGCGUGAACUGAUCAAAUCAUCAGCUAUUGGUUCUUCUCAGCUUGCUUUUGCUCUCAUGUACCAUGAUGGCGUGGUCCGACCUCAGCCGCCGAUAGCCCGAGCCCUGAAGAUUGUUGAACAAACAUUGAUCCGGCUGGGACAUAAGGUGAUCGAGUGGAACCCCCCAUCCCAUGUGGUAGCAUAUAAAAUAGCUCGCACGACCUACAACAUGGAUGGUGGAGCCGAUGCCCGGUAUCACUUUGGUUUGUCCGGCGAAGUGAGACCAAAUCCAGUUAUCUUAGAGUCUGGUCCCCAAAAGUCUGCCUUAGAAAUUGCCGAGCUCAACGUGGAAAAGCGGGAUUAUCAAAAGUCAUACAUGGAUUAUUGGAACACAACCGUCGAAUUGACCGGUACUGGUCGACCCGUUGACGGGCUCAUUUGCCCUUGUGCACCUUUCGCCGCGGUACUCCCUGGUAAAUAUAGUCACGUUGGAUAUACAUCCUUUGUCAAUGUCUUGGACUAUACCAGCGUUUCAUUUCCGGUGACUCGUGCUAACAAAACCAUUGACGUGGCUCAACCUGGGACGGAGUUUUUGAGUGAACUGGAUCGACAAGUUCAAGGAGAAUAUGAUGCUGACGCUUAUGACGGUGCACCGGCUGGACUGCAGCUGGUUGGACGGCGACUUCAGGAAGAGAAGAUGCUUACGUUGGCGGAGUACCUUGGCGAGAAAGUGAGGGAUUUUCCAGUGUAA